CAAAACGCUGCGCAGUUCGGUUUCCGUGCAAGAUCCAGCGAGCAUUUCAUCAUAUUAGGAGCAAUCGACAGCAUAUUGCGGAAGGAAAAUUUUUGCAUUUAAAUUUUUGACCAACCGAACAAAAUGUUGAUUCGUAAUGUUGAGGUCGAAAAGCGGGCCUGCAUGCACGUAAACUGGUACGAUCUGUUUCGGAAAAACACGAUCAAAUCCUGCAUCAUUCCCGUGCCGGAAGAUGUGUUAGCCUAUCUGCGGCAGGACAUGCUUAUACUUCCGAAGGAGUGUACCAACUUUACCGAUGUAAGCACCGGCGAAGGAUUCCAAACCACGCACUACAACGCGUUCGACGAUCAGUUCGGUGAUGGUGACAGUGAGGCAGAGGAUGCCGAGGAUGCCGAGGACGAACAACCCGCAUUUACGGCAUUCUCGCAAACACUUACCGAUGCUAUCAAGAGUCUUGGAGGAACGGCUUUUUUGAAAACUGAUUGGCACUGCCCGAAGGACGCACAGUGGAUAACGCUGGGCCAAUCGCUAUGUGUGCGAGACAUUACCGACGUGUAUCAGCUGCUAAAAGCGUCCAGCUUUUGUAAGGAAGAUUUCCGGGAGCGUUCCACCGUGAAUGACAGUGGGUAUCACAUUGUGUUGAAGAAGUGGAGAGACAUCCAUCCCGGGUCGGAGUUCCGAUGCUUUGUACGUAAUCGUUCACUGAUGGCAAUCUCACCCCGGCAUUGGCCAUCGUACCAUGAGCAUAUAGCGCGUGAACGAACUGACAUCGUGACGGAUAUCGUGUCGCUGUUCAAAGAGAAGAUUAAAGAUACUUUUCCACUGAAUGAUUAUGUUUUCGACGUUUACCGCCCAGCGAAAGACAAGGUCAUCAUCAUGGAUUUUUCGCUCUAUGGCAAGGGACAUUCCGAUAGCUUGGCGUUCGAUUACGAUCAGCUGGAUGAUGAGGCGCUGGUUGAAACAAUCGAAGAAGAGGAUGAUCCUGAAUUUCGUUACCUGCCGAACGAUUGCGGCAUACAGCCGAUUAAGCGCAACGUGUACGGAUUUCCACAGGAUUUCAGACAUUUCUUUCAAGGCGCUGCUUCGUCGGACGGUAACACCGGAGGAGAGUUCAGUGCAGCGGAAGACAGUAACAAUUUGGUCAAUCGAUUGAUUGAACAGUGCAAUCUGCAUCAACUGUACGAUAAUGAUGAGGAGCAACCUUAAUGUGUUUAGAACCAUUUGUACGUCUGGGCGCGCUAGAACGAUACUAGACUAUAAAACAACUCGUAUGUGAACAGUCCAUUCUGUAAUUAUAAGCCUUAAGGUUAGUAUAAUUCAA